UGCCGCAGUCGGGCGCUCAUCGUCAUUCCGCUCUCGCCGCCGCCGCCACCCCCGCCCCCCGCUCACUGCCCCCGCCCCCGCCCGGUCCCCGCCGCCGCCGCCGCCGCCUGCCCAGCGGCCCGGGAGGCGGAGGCGCGGGGGAGGAGGCCCCGCUUGGCUCCGCAGUCCCGGAUGCUGCAUGACUUCAUCCUUCCGCCGGCUCCCCUGCUGAGCUAGGGCCGGUCCGGCAGCUAGCCCGCCGUCCGCGCCCCGCUGCAGUCCCGCGCCCACCUCGCGCCCACCCCGCGCCCGCCAUGUCCGAGAUCCUACCCUACAGCGAGGACAAGAUGGGCCGCUUCGGCGCAGACCCUGAGGGCUCCGACCUCUCCUUCAGCUGCCGCCUGCAGGACACCAACUCCUUCUUCGCGGGCAACCAGGCCAAGCGACCCCCCAAGCUGGGCCAGAUCGGCCGAGCCAAGCGAGUGGUGAUCGAGGAUGACCGGAUAGACGACGUGCUGAAGGGGAUGGGGGAGAAGCCGCCGUCCGGAGUGUAGACGCGCUGGCUCCGGCGGCGGGCUCCGGGCCCAGCCCCGCAGCGGCCAGGAGCGCGGGCUGGCGAUGCGGCUGCCGGCGCCCCCCGCCCCGGCCCAAGCGCCCGCGGGCGGGGGCUGCAGGUCUGCGCCGCCGCUGGGUCAGUGUCUCUGCCACCGCUGCCAGGCACUCCGGAGCUGUCCGCUUCAGCACCACGGCGGCGGUGGUAGCGGCGGUGCGGACCCGCCCGGAGCCCGCCGCCGCGCUCAUGCACUUUAGAACCUCGGGCCGCAGCCCCACCCCGCACACCGGAACGGACACAGAGACCCGCGGCCCCCAUUCCCCGGCCCGCCCUCUCCCGCACGGCUCCCCUGCCCCGCCCCCCUCCGGCCAGUUUGGUCUGCAGACCGGGUGGCUGCCGGUGUCGGACCGCGCGUGGCCAGGGAUGUUUGGCUGCGUAUUUGCAUGAGCUUCCCACCCACCUGAGCCCAGCCCUCCGGGCAGUUCCUAACCCUCACCCCAGUCUGGCGUGACCCCAGCCUCUUUCUAAGGAACUUCCUCAGCACAUUUGUAUUUUUAUAUCCGAUUCUUUGUUUACUGGCUCCGCUCAUGGUUCGUGCCCUCCCCCCAUAGCCUCCGCCAUGCUCUUCUGCGCCUGGCAGAUAGGACAGGUGUUGAGGCUGGGUUGGGACAAGCCCCCAACAUGGUAACCAACCAUAUGGUCAGUCUGUCAGGGCCUCACUCCAGGAGGUUCUCUGGCAGACCCCUUUCCCCCAAGGUAUCACCUUCUAAGGGCCCAGAUCUGAUUUUACCUUGGAUCCUUUCGUUCUACCCCUGGGAACCCAAAUGGGGACUGCUCUGCACCUUUGGAUGACACCUGUGGACCUGGAGAUGUCCUCAACCCAGGGGUGUCCUUUGUAAAAUGUUCCUCCAUCCUCACUGUAUCAGGAGUGUGUGAAUAAACACAGACCUCCCUGUG